CAGUUGCAGAGCGAAGGUCGUUCGUGGCGGUUCGUAAAAUUGUGAUUUAAAUGUAAUUUAAUAAAUAAAUAAGUGAAAUAAGAAGCGAUUGACUUGUUAAAUUACAUGUAUAUAAUGUAAUGUAUUGUUCGAAUAAUUUGUUUUCAGAAAAUCACGUGCGUGUCUCAAGAGUGCAAAGAAGAAGUAUUAAAAAAAUAAAAAAAAAUCAAUUUUUAGGACCAAAUCUUCAAGAGACAUCUAAAGUGCAACGUUUCAAGCCACUUACUGUGCAUUUCUUAUACGUAUUAAUAUAACGGCAAUCGCAGCAACAAAAUCGAAAUUUCGUCAUAGCGCACUAUUUCUAUGCGCUCGUUUUGUGCCCUUUUACAUAACCUCAUUUACACGCAUCAAGUAUUUUCUUUGCAAUAAUUAAAUGCAUUUCAAAUAACGGCAACUUAAACCUAGUGUGUGUUAGUGUUGUUGCUAUAUAUGUUUACAUAGUUCAACUGUUUUGUGUGCUUUUAACAAUCGUCGCAUUGCCACAACGGUGACUUUGUCAAUAACGAUUUUUCCCGGCGUUGAGCGUUUGGAAUGAUUGCAAGCAAUUAUAAUUACUUGAACGACCAGUUUUCAGUGUAGAAGAAAUACAAAAAAAAAAAAACUAAAAUAAAUACAAUUACAAUUCAGCGGCAAAAAGAUGGCAAUGUUAAGUGCAGAGCUGCCGUUAAUGCAUCUCAAUGGUGUUGCAACAUUUGGGAUCCCAACAAUGCUUUCCGAAGUCUCCGAACUGCCCGCGGUGCAAUUGGGCGAGUACACGCUGCAAUUUGAGCUGGGCGAACCAACAGAGCGUGCCAAGGAAGUGGCUAUAAGGGAGUUACGUGAAACACCAGAAAAUAAAGAAUCGGCGACUAAAGAACUAACAAGGUUAUUGGAAGCCGAGACAGAUUUGCUCUAUCCAAAAGACAAUGAUGAAUGGCUAGUGCGUUUCUUGCGGCCCUGCAAAUACUAUCCGGAAAGUGCGCGGGAUUUGAUCAAACGUUACUACGCCUUUAAACUGAAGCACGCCAACGUCUAUGACGGCCUUGUGCCCAGCAAAGAGGCGAACAUUUUCGAGCACAACAUACUCACAGUCUUUCCGAAUCGCGAUCAAUGCGGUCGACGUAUCUUAUUACUCGAGCUGGGCAAACGCUGGAAGCACAAGCAAGUCACACUCGAUGAGGUCUUCAAGGGUGCUGUGCUCUUUCUUGAGGCAGCCAUGUUGGAGCCGGAGACACAAAUUUGCGGCGCCAUUGUGAUAUUCGAUAUGGACGGCCUGAGUUUGCAACAGACCUGGCAAUUUACGCCACCUUUUGCUAAGCGUAUUGUCGACUGGCUGCAAGAUUCGGUGCCGCUACGUGUCAAGGCCAUACACAUUGUGAACCAGCCGAAAAUAUUCAAUGUGGUCUUUGCGCUCUUCAAGCCAUUCUUGCGUGAGAAACUGCGUUCGCGUAUCUAUUUCCACGGCAGCGAUCGCGAGUCGCUGCACAAACACAUUUCGCCCAAAUGCUUGCCACCCGCCUAUGGGGGGGAUUUGGAGUUGAAACGCGUCGACGGCAGUCAGUGGUACGAGUUGCUAAUGUUGUGCGAUAAGGAGUAUGUGGCGAUAAACUCAUAUGGUUACAAGAAGAAGAAGUAAGCCGCUGUGGUACAGAGGCUGCGCACAAUUUUUGGUAGUCAAAAUUAGUUGAAAAAAAAAUAAAUUUUUGCCAAUUUGCUUAAAAUAUUGUCGAACAAAAACAA